AUGUCAUACUAUAACAAUACUAGUAGCAUUCCGUGCAAGUAUUUCCAGCAGGGAAGAUGCAACAGAGGGAACAGCUGCAAAUUUGCGCACGUUUACACUAAUAAUAAUAGUGGAAGCGGGCAAAGGCCUGCAAACGACGAAGGGAUAUCGGCAGCAGACCUUUACAGGAGCUUUGUAAAUCCCAGCUCACUGAAUAAAAUUGAAAAGUCGAUCUUGAGUGGUUUGCAAGAUGCGGAGCAUUUUCAAAUGAAACCGCUAAGUAGUGCUUACAGUUACGGUUUACCCUGUGCCGUAAAUCUAAUUAGUGGAAGAGAUUAUUCACAAGAAGAAUCAAGAUAUCAAUACUACCAGUCACAAAAAAAUGGUCUCGUUACCCAAUAUGAAGUUGAAAUGCGCUCUCGAGAAAGCGAUAUGCAAAAAUGUUUUGCACAUAUCAGAUCUCACCCAGACUGGGCUGCAAGAUUUCUACAAAAGAAGACUAAAGAUUUGGUAGAGACUGGCCAGCUCAGUAUAAAGAAAGACUUUGUUGAUUUCGAAUUGAAUUUGGGGAACUCUGGCUUCCAAAACUUAAGUGCACCUGGUCAAGGCGGAAAUCCAUUUACAGCUGGAAAGCCUGCAUUCGGCUCUACACCUUCCUCUGGACCGGUAGAGGCAUUUGGUGGGAACACUACCAGUAACACCGGCGCAUUUGGCCAACCAUCAUUUGGUAAAGGCGGUGGAGCGUUUGGGACUCCAGCGAAUAGUUCGAAUGCGGGCAGAUCUGCCUUCGGAGUGCCGACUUUUGGGACUAGCUUAAGCGGAGCGGGGCAGAAUAAUGCACCGAGCGCUUUCGGUAAACCAGCGUUUGACCCCACUCCUUCCACAUCUGCAUUUGGCAAUACAGCAGCAUCGAAUCCAGGACAGUUCAAUGCGUUCGGUACCUCUAUGGGUUCCGGCUCUGUUUUUGGAAAACCACAAUUUGGAACUGCUCCGUCCCAAACCACAGCACUUGGAGUGAGCAGCAAUCAAACAGGGGCGUUUGGAACCCCAUCUUUUCAAAAGCAAAACGAUAACAACGCAUUCGGAUCAGCGUCAUUCGGAUCAGCAUCAUUCGGAUCUCACAAUAUUACUACAACCGCCCCGCCAUUGGGAUCAGCUCAAAACGCUAGCAUGCCGUCGCCUUUCUCAAAUUUGCAAAAUGGUCAAAAUGCAACUGCUUCUACUAAUCCUCCUGCUGGAUCACCGUUUGCAUCAUUACAAAAUAAAACCUCAACAUCGCCCUUUGGGACGAUACCAAACAACACCAGUGCCUUCAACAAUAAAGCCUCAGUAAAUGAGACUUCGUCUUCACCAUUUGGUUCUCUCAACCAAGGUAACUCUUUGGGUGUCCAAUCAUCGCCGUUUGGUUCUUUGCAGUCAAAUACCGCCUCAAACACAUUUGGUUCAAAGCCGUCGCCUUUCGGAUCAACUGGCCAAUCACCGUUUGCAACUCAAACCAAUACUAGCACGACUGCACAGAAUCCUUUCGUGAAACCUAACGUCAAUGGCAUUAGUGCCUUGAAUAGCAUGAAUGCCCGUAAUGCAACUGCCUCCAACAUGCACUCUUUGUAUCAAAACUUCGUGCAAGGACUACCCUCGAAGGACGAGAAAUUGACUGCUAGCGACCUUGACAGUCAUACUCUCGCAAGAUUUGAAUCAGAGACCUUCAGUCUAGGAGAUGUCCCUGAUAUACCACCACCAUCGGCGCUAAUUGUUCAUAAUUAA